CAUGCAUGACUUUGUCAUAUAUAAUGGGCCACAAGAAGAGACCAAUAUCAAAUAAUUGCCUUUUAUAUAAAUCCAAUUCAUUGUAUCAUUUCCUUAAAAUACAACACCACUAAAACCAAUGGGGUCAUUGAUAGCAAAUAAUCUCUUCACUAUUCUGAUCAUCACCACCCUUUUCAUCGUCUCAUCCCAUGCAGCCACCUUUGAAAUCCGCAACGAAUGUCCAUACACAGUCUGGGCAGCUGCCAGCCCAGGAGGCGGCCGCAGACUCGACCGCGGCCAAACAUGGACACUCAACGUAGCCGCGGGCACAGCCAUGGCCCGCAUAUGGGGUAGGACCAACUGUAACUUCGAUGGCAGCGGCCGUGGCCGCUGCCAGACUGGAGACUGUGGUGGGGUUCUCCAGUGCCAAGGGUGGGGACAACCUCCAAACACACUAGCUGAGUAUGCCUUAAACCAAUUCAACAACCUUGACUUCAUUGACAUCUCCUUAGUGGAUGGUUUCAAUAUCCCCAUGGAUUUUAGCCCCACUACGGGAAGGUGUAGGGGAAUAAGGUGCACUGCUGACAUCAAUGGGCAGUGUCCUAGCCAACUUAGGGCUCCCGGGGGUUGUAACAAUCCAUGUACUGUGUUCAAGACCAAUGAGUAUUGUUGUACCAAUGGUCAGGGAAGCUGUGGGCCCACCCAAUUCUCAAAGUUUUUCAAGAAUCGGUGUCCUGAUGCUUAUAGUUAUCCUCAAGAUGACCCCACCUCCACUUUUACUUGCCCUGGUGGGACCAACUAUAGAGUUGUGUUUUGCCCUAGAACUUCUCCUAGAUUUCCUUUGGAGAUGGUUGAAAGUUUGAAUGAGUAAUAGUACACGGCAGAUGAGAUCUUCAUAGCUGGGUAAUGUUAAUUUGUACUGAUCAUCAACUAUAUCUUUAUAUAUUAAAAUAAGGUGCUACGUAUAUACGUACGUUAUAGUAUACUAGUUGAUCAGUAUUGUGUAAACAUGUACCCUUUUUGUUUGUACUUAAUUGUACAACUUAAAAGAUAUUCUUGAAAUAAAGUUUGCUUUAAAAAUAA